CUUGUUACUUAUAUAGUCGUGGGAGUUGGGGAACCACCACUCUGAUCUCACCCUCACUAAUAGCGGAGUUCAUGUAUAUUCCAUGUUUGCUGCAUGGUGCCUUCCGUAAGUGUCACAGCUCUUUUAGAAUUUGUCCAGCAGGUUUUCUGGCUUGUGCCGGAAAACCCACCCCAGUUCAAGUUGUACUGAACAAUAGAGGUCCAUUUUCACUUGCAGCGUGAUUUAACACUUUGUUUUUUUAAGAUGUGGAGGUUGCGGUUACGUUGGGAAACUUCCGGCUAGUGCUGAUGCUGCUUCCCCUUCGCGUCCCCAGGCAGUGGGAAUUGCUGUAGGAGGUGGCGUGUUCCUUUAGAUCUUUUUGUAUUUCCGCUACACGUGCAUCCUCUGUCGUUCUAUGGCGUCCGCCUCAGUCCAACCCGCGGCCCUGAGCGCGGAGCAGGCCAAGGGUGGAGCUCCGGACGCCUACCGAGGGGAUGCCUUUCUGGGAUGUCUGGCUGGCAGUGGUCUUGGCGGAGGUAAUUCAGGCUUUCUCAGCCCCGGAGAACGCCGUGCGCAUGGACGAAGCUAGAGACAAUGCGUGCAACGACAUGGGCAAGAUGUUGCAAUUCGUGCUGCCCGUGGCCACGCAGAUCCAGCAGGAAGUUAUCAAAGCCUAUGGCUUCAGCUGCGACGGGGAAGGUGUCCUUAAGUUUGCCCGUUUGGUCAAGUCCUAUGAAGCUCAGGAUCCUGAGAUUGCCAGCCUGUCAGGCAAGCUGAAGGCUCUCUUCCUGCCACCCAUGACCCUGCCACCUCAUGGGCCUGCUUCUGGUGGCAGCGUGGCCGCCUCUUGAAAUUGUCCUUCUCCUAUGUUACUGCCGGGAAAUGGAAGACCUUGGUGCACUACAGGACAAUAAAUGUGCCUGUGACUUAG